AGAAAAACUACGGCUUGUUCUCUGCUUGUAUGUCAUAUUACAGUUUUUAACCACUCUCAACAAGCUCACGUCGGAUUUUACAUUUCGAAGUACGCUACGAUGAGUGCAGCCUCCACACCUGUCUCCCGGGUUCGCCCAGGAUGGACGUCGGCCUCUUUGAAAAACAAGGGUCUGUCCCCUGCAGCCUGCAGCACCCCGCUGCUGGCAGCCUUCCCUGGCAACGAUGACGAGCAGGAGCGUCGUCAGCGCAGGAGGUCAAGAGUCAUUGACCUUCAAAGUGCCACUGAUACUUCCUUCACUGACUCUGCGUCUCAUAGUGCUGUGGGGACUCCUGCUGCCGUGCCUAAGCUGUCAAAUGCACAGAUUUCAGAGCAUUACUCCACCUGCAUAAAACUGUCCACGGAGAAUAAAAUCACCACCAAAAAUGCCUUUGGUCUGCAUCUGAUUGAUUACAUGGCUGAUAUUCUCAAACAAAAGGAUUCUGAGCUCACUAACUUCAAGGUGGCAGCUGGCACUCUGGAUGCCAGCACUAAGAUCUAUGCUGUGAGGGUGGAUGCUGUUCAUGCCGAUGCCUACAGGGUGCUGGGUGGCCUGGGGGCCGAAACCAAACCCGGAGAGGACCAUUCUCCAAAAGAGGAGGAUGGAAAUGAUGAUGCAGGAGGUGAAGUGCCUGCCAAGCAGCCAAAGAAAAAGAGGCCUCCUAAGAGGACCGUGGAGCAGAACCUGAGCAAUAUUAAUAGUGCAGAAUCUGAAAGGAGGUGUGAGGUGGACCCCAUGUUUCAGCGGAUGGCCUCGUCCUUUGAUGAGAGCAGCACAGCAGGUGUCUUCUUGUCCGUUCUCUUCAGUGAGAACAGUCGCUGUGAGCUGCUGUUUCCCUCCUAUAUGACCCUCCUGCAGUCCAGACCCUCCUACUCUCCUCCACCUCCACAGGGAGUCACUGCAUCUCCCUUCAUGGCUGGACUGCAACGUUCACAAGAGAAAAGUUCUAUCUGCCCCUCGCUGCAGGACUUCUCCUUUACUAGCUGGAACCCUGAGCAGACCAUGAAUCAGCUCUUGGAGAAAAUGAAGCAGGGCGAGCACGUGUUUGACGUGAAUGCUGAGCCUGAGCCUGAGCCAGAGGAAGAUGACUGCCCUGACUUUGAUGCCGACUAUGAGGAGGGACCAGGUGACUGUGAAGAGGGAUCCAAGGAGCAUAAGGAGGGUUGUGAAGCCUCUGGUUCCAGCAAAGGAAGGGACGUGAUUCCCAUUGGAGAGGGAGACAUCGCCACUAUGUGUCUGCAGCUGUCCUCUCAGCCCAGGGAGUAUUCAUACUUCAGCCCCAGGACCAUGGCCACAUGGGCAGGACCUGGAUACUGGCAGUUCAAACCAAAGCACAAGUUGGAUCAUUUGCCUGACAAGGAGACGCGUAAAAGGAAGCCCAGAAAGACCUAUGAAAUAGACUUCAAUGAUGAUGUCAACUUUGACACCUACUUCCGUACCACAAGGGCUGCCACCACUAACAGCAAGUCUGCCCUCAAUGCCAGCAAUAAGAAAACAACUCUGCCAGCAGACUUCCAGUUUCCCCCAGAGACGCUCUCUCAGCUCAGCCUCAAACCCUCCAGCUCGUUGAGUCAGGAAGGCCAGAAGAGGCUGUCUGGAGAGCUUGGAGAAGGCAUUGGAGAUUAUGACUACAACAACGCCAACGACACAGCCAACUUCUGUCCAGGUCUUCAGGGUGGUGACAGUGAUGAUGAUGUUGAAGGGUUUACCGGUUCAGAUGAUACACAGCCGUCAGGGGACAGUAUACCUCUGCCCUCACAAGACCUCGAGAACGUAUCCACCUAUGGGGAGGAGGAUCUGGUACCUGAGCCACACAGGGUCAAUAAGAUUGAGAUCAACUAUGCCAAGACAGCAAAGAAAAUGGACAUGAAGAGACUCAAGAACAGCAUGUGGACUCUUCUGACUGAAAGCCCAGAAAAACCCACAGAGGUGGUGGAGACUGUGGAGAAACCAGAAGUGUGUGGGGAGAAAGUCUUCAGUCAGACCACGAAGUCGCUGCUUCAAAGAUUGCCAAACACUAUGGCUCAGAACCUGUCGGUGCCUCUGGCAUUUGUUGCUCUGCUUCAUCUUGCCAAUGAAAAGAAUUUGGAGCUGGUGAAGGUUGAUGACAUGUCAGAUAUUAUCAUCAAACAAGGCCAAUGAGAGGAAAUUUGUAUGAAAAGUCAUUGACAUUCUUUUAUUUCAUUCUCUACUUCUACAGCUUUCUUUACUUUGUGUAUGUUAUGUUUCUUUGUGACACUCUCCUCUUCACAUUUUGUGCUUUGAUCCUCUUUUUAACUGUUUAAAAGUGGUAUCUGCUUUUAUUUUCUAUAAUAAUAGCAAAACAUAUGUCUUUCCUUUUAUUCUGUACUAUUGACGCAUAUCUUGUGUAGAUAAUUUAACUGCUCAACUACCGCACAAAAAAUGCAUUUUGUCAAAAGAAAUAAAGUCUUUUUUCUAAUA